AUGCUGACAGUUCAGCAACAACAGCCAACUAUUACAGAUAUAAAUCAGCUUCUUAAGAAAAAAGAAUAUGUGGGAUACCUACAGGGCUCGUUUGUUUAUGAUCUUCUAAAACGAAUGAAUUUUGACGAGUCUAGACUUGUACAAUACAGGUCUCUGGAGGAAUUAGAUACACUUUUCUCAAAAGGGAGUGGAAAUGGUGGUAUCGCUGCUGCUUUCGAUGAGAAACCAUAUACGAAGCUUUUCCUGGCCAAAUAUUGCUCAAAAUACACCAUGGUUGAGCCAACAUAUAAGACUGAUGGUUUUGCUUUUGUUUUCCCUAUAGGUUCUCCUCUAGUACCUGACGUCUCAAGAGCAAUAUUAAAUGUGACCGAGGGAGAGAAGAUGACGGAAAUCGAAAGAACAUGGUUUUGGGAAAAAACUAGAUGCCCAGAUUCCAGCAUGUCACUUUCGUCCAACAACAACAGCCUUGGGCUUGAGAGCUUUUGGGGACUUUUUUUAAUAGCUGGAAUAGCCGCAGUUUCUGCUCUUAUAAUCUAUGUCAUUUUGUUUCUACAUGAACACUGGAAUGUCUUGCGAUGCUCUGAUCCCGAUUCCUCAAUAUGGAGCAAAAUAGUAAAGUUACUUCGAUGUUUUGACAAUAAAGAUCUCAGUUCUCAUACUUUCAGGAACAUUGGACUGACGGAGAGAAACAUCUGCGGCGGUAACUGCAGGGAAAGAUUAGAGAAAGUCUCAUCCCAUGGUAAUUUCCCGCAAACUCCACAAAGCCUUUCGUUAAAUACUUCUCCACAUACCAACUAUCCACCAAGUCCAACCUUCUCGACCCGUAUAGAACAAUGUUUAAGUCCUCUACAAGUGGAAGUGAAUCCAGUGAAGAAUGGGAUGACAAAUUUGCAAGCAGAAACAGUUCAUGUGGUUGAACCUGAAAUUGAGCUUGUGAAUCCAAAUCAAGAUUUGCACGACUGCAGGAUCCACAAAUGA